UUGUAGGCAGAUGAUGAAUAUAAAAUUUAUAUAUUUACAGUCGUAUAAUCGCGGGACAUGAAUGAUCACAGCGACUAACUCUUUCCCCGCUUGUUGGGUAUUACCAUGACUUCAUAACAUUUCGUAAAGAUAGACAGAUUUAGUUUCCACCAGGAAUUUCUGAGUUGACCUUGUUGUCAACAGCCUCGUCGAUGACGUUGUCGGCACCUUGGGGGACACCUGCAUCGCUGGCGACCUGGUUCACCUCCUGGUUGGCCUGUUGGUCAGCGCCGCGCUCGAUGCCGUUGCCAGGCUGGGAAUCGCUGCUCAGCUUGUUGCCGGCAGCCUGCUCAACCUUGUCCAUAAUUCCAGACAUGAUGAUUGAUUUGGUGGUAGUGUUUGUGAUGAAGAAAGUGUGGUUAGAAAGCUUGUGCAGUAAAUAGUUUGUGUUUAAUAAUAGUUAAUACGUGGGUUGAUGCACAAUCAAGUGUUUAUAUAUACGACCAAGUGGCACUUGCUGGUUGU